CACUUUAGAGAAGAUAUCGUGAAGUUUGUGAAAUAAUUUUAAUUACUGCAUGUAAAUGACAAUUUUUUAUGAAAAAAGGAACAUGAUAACGUAAAACAUGAAUGUAAGUGACCAUGUUUGUGCCUCAAGCACGGAUAAAGCUUGGAAACACAAGACCAAGUUGGUUUGGUGGACCUUCAAGAAAACGAAACUUACCGAAGCGAGAAUUGAAAUGGUUCGAGUUUAUCAGAAUGCCAUAUUUAGUUCCGAAUGUAGUAGGAUCUAUUAUUGGAUUCACUGUAUUGUGUAGUGGUGCUCUUUUGUGUUACAUUGGAUAUAAUCCACAGAAAUUCUUCGACAUUUCUGCAAACUCGUCCAUUAACAACAGUACAAAAACAUCGAAUGUUACAACGAAAAUACCAGUUGAAACAAAAUAUACGCAGUUGAAAUCAUUAGCUUAUGUUGGUCCAGUUCUAAUGGGAAUAGGAUUUUUUGUGCUAAUGGUAGCGGUUGUGUUAUAUUGUGAAAUAAGAGAUAAAUUCGUUCAAAGUAUCCUACCUAGUAGAAACAUUUCAAAUACAAAGAAAGGUGUAUUGUAUGAUAUGGUAAUAGACGAAUUUAGAAAGAACUACUUUCGAGGCAUCGAAGUGCCGAUUAGAAAACCAAGUAAACGUUCUAAUAAAGUGGCUUCCAAAAUGCCAACAUUAUAUAAAGCAUUGAGUAUCAGUACACCCGCCUUACUGAUAACACCGGAAGUUCAAAGAAAAUGGCUAAAUGACAAAAAAGUGACUCCAAAACACAAACGAAAAAGGUGUUUAAGUGAUCACGAAACAUGGUUAAAAACGUCAUCUAUGCCAAAUAUCCGUCCAAAGUCUUUCAAGCGAAUACAGCGAAGGUUUUCAAAAUAUUCUAAAUACUGUGGUGAUAAGAAUAAUAUUCCAAAAUAUUAUCAUUGUAACACCGAUGAUAAGUCCGCACACGACACUGAAACAACCGAGAAAAACUCUGAAACUUGUUUUUCUAAUCCAGCGUUCCGCGGAUCCCCAACGGAAACAAUAGAACUGGACGAUAUUUCUACCGAUUUUCUUCUAGACAAAUCGAAUAUAUCAGAAAAAUCACGUCAGUCAGAAGUCGUUAUUCACAUUGAUGCGCACGAAACAGUGUUUGAUGGUCGGGAAUUUACAGAGAGGAGGCAUAGUUGUUCUAGCAAUGUUACAAGUUCGAAGAAGAUUCAAGAAAGAGCCAUUCCAGGCAUCAAUGAUGGUUGUUCAGUAGUAUCAGAAAUUCAUACAGAAAGAGGUACGGGUGCAAUCUCAAAAGCUAACAAAAAGAGAAAGAGUUUACAUAAGAGCCAGGAUCGACUUGAUGUCAUUGGUAAAAGAGGUCCUUAUAAGACCUGCAUUGGGGUAUUCAGAAGUGAAUCUUGCUUACACAGAAUAAGAAAUAUUGUUAACAAACAUGAUCGAGAUGAUGGUGAUAAUUCUUCAUUAAAUUCGUUGACCGUCAACGAAGAAGUCAUGAAAUUUUUCGAACCUUCACCUUUAAACAACGACAUUCCUAAAACUUAAUUAUCUGUUUAUAUAUGUGUGUAAAGUUUUAUAUAUUGCAGCGUUUCUUGUAGUUUUAGACUGGUGGUUAUACAAAGUCUAAAAAUACAUGCAUUUGAUUUUGACUAAGUGGCAGGACUUUCCUCCUGCUUAGAUUAUAAUACAUGUGCAUUGUUUAACAUGACACGAACUCUCAUGUUGGUAAAGGGACAAGUAAAAGUUUUAAUAGCAUUUGGAGGUAAAUUAUGCGACAUAAAGUUUUCAAACUUUUCAAUUUUACUCUGUUUCUAUCCAUUUUUAAUUGGGAACUGUGAGAAUACGAUCAAUUGACUUAAGUACAAAAAUAUUCUCAUGAAAAUCUGCCAAAAUUUUAUCUAGUAAGAUAAAACUUCCAUUUUUUUUUGUAUUGAUCCCGUUUAGGUGUCUUAUAUUUCAAAAACGGAAACAGUUGUUUUACAACAUGAGUGAUACAAAAGGGAAAUGGGUCAAAAUCAAUAUAAAAAAGUCAAUAAGUUAAACACACUGUUUUGGCACAUUCAGCCAUUCAAUUAAGUAUGCAUUUGCAAUCAUAAAUAAAAAAAAUAUAUAUAUUUGGAAGAUUAAACAUGGUCCAAGUCAGAUAAAAAAAACUGUCAGCCAACCUCAGCGCAUUUUAUUAAACGAUGGUCGUAAACUCACAGUUAAAUGAAAGUUCUAGAAGGCAUCAGAAAACCAGCUGAUAGAGAUGAAAUGACAUUGGUAACAGAGCCGAAUAUUUCUUCAAUAACUCAACAAUACCAAAGAACAUAAAAAGACUUACAACUAAGACUUCAAAAUGUCAGUAAAAAGUGUUGUUUUUGAGGUAUUAGUAUUUUUUCUUGUAUCAUUUUGUUUUACUGUAUAGUAUUUUAUGGAUGUGAAUAUUCAGUUACUCUAGUUUUGUUAAUGAAAUUUAUCAAAUACCGCAGAUUUCCAACUUCGCUUGUGGCGAGGUAUGUUCGACUCAAAUCUUAAUUGACAAGCAUUACCAAUAUUCCUGCCAAAGCUCGGUGGUUCUCCUCGGGUACUUCAACUUCCUCCACCAAUACAAUCUGGUCGCCAUGAUAUUGUCAAGGUAGCUGAAAGUUUCUUUAACAACACCAACAGACAAACAAAAAAAUACCACAGUUUAUAACUAAAGUAUAAUUAAAUAAAUAUUACUUGUUCAGACCCACCGUAAUAUAGAAAAAUUUAAGCGUUUCACUGUCAAUUAACUUGAGAAAUCAGAUUUCGGUCUUAUUUGAUUAAAUAUGUGACAGUGUUUUGUCAGUUCUUCACUUAUUUCAUCCUGAAACCAAUCUGUGGGAAAAUGUUUCCCAUUGAUUACGUUUUCCCUUUGAUUAGAUCCAAAACGUGAUCCACUCAAUUCAUGUGACACUGAUAUUGAAUGGUCAGUUUUUGAUGGAUUAUUGUCCAUUGAAUAACAACAAUACUCUUUUCACAUUUAUAUAAAAUAUAUAUCUAUACAAGAUGUUCACUUGCAAAAUAAUCUUUUCAAGAAGACUUUGACGUCUUCGCUACAAAAUAAGAAAGAUUAAUAUUAAAUGUAACAUUUUAUUCAAAGAGAAACUGAGCAAUGCAAAACAAUAAUAGACGUACAAUUAGAUGAUAAGAGGCCAACUAUGGUGAGUGAAUUUAUACCUAAAUAUCAAGUGAAGAAAAGUUAGGAAAACUAUUUAUUUUUUGAAUACAUGUAAAUUCACAAAAAAAAAACGAAAUCCGAGAUAAAAAAAAGGGAUUGGAAGGUUUAUUGCUAAGAAAACUAGUUUAUCCCAGCCAUAUGAUCAUGGGCCCGUCCUAAGUCAGGAACUUCGUCAAUGUCUAAAGUUAUAAACCAAGGUUUUGUCAAUUUUGUGAAUGUAAUGCUCUUUUCAGAUAUUGGUCGUCUCUAUCAAAUUUAUCCGCAACUUUUUUGGGUUUUUUAGACCUUGACACACUGAUAGUUGAAUACUGCAUGUUAAUCUCUUUUGACUUUUGGAUUUUUUGUUGCUGUUUCAUUAAUACUUACCCCACACAGUCUCUUAAUUAAUAACAUGUAACUGUUGUUGGUAUGAAUAAUAAGAGAUAUAGGGAUAUGUCAACGAGACAGCAACUUGAUAUGAAUAAUAAGAGAUAUAGGGAUAUGUCAACGAGACAGCAACUUGAUAUGAAUAAUAAGAGAUAUAGGGAUAUGUCAACGAGACAGCAACUUGAUAUGAAUAAUAAGAGAUAUAGGGAUAUGUCAACGAGACAGCAACUUGAUAUGAAUAAUAAGAGAUAUAGGGAUAUGUCAACGAGACAGCAACUUGAUAUGAAUAAUAAGAGAUAUAGGGAUAUGUCAACGAGACAGCAACUUGAUAUGAAUAAUAAGAGAUAUAGGGAUAUGUCAACGAGACAGCAACUUGGUAUGAAUAAUAAGAGAUAUAGGGAUAUGUCAACGAGACAGCAACUUGAUAUGAAUAAUAAGAGAUAUAGGGAUAUGUCAACGAGACAGCAACUUGAUAUGAAUAAUAAGAGAUAUAGGGAUAUGUCAACGAGACAGCAACUUGAUAUGAAUAAUAAGAGAUAUAGAGAUAUGUCAACGAGACAGCAACUUGAUAUGAAUAAUAAGAGAUAUAGGGAUAUGUCAACGAGACAACAACUUGAUAUGAAUAAUAAGAGAUAUAGGGAUAUGUCAACGAGACAGCAACUUGAUAUGAAUAAUAAGAAAGUGUCAAUGAGACAAACACCUAACGACAGAAAUAACCAAAUACGUCUAGAAGGCAAGAUACAGUAUUCAAACAGAGACAUGUGCCGAUACAAAUGUUGAGUUCAGUUUUCAAUCGUAUGAGCAAUAGUAGCUUCAUAACUUAUAGAUGAAUUGAUAUAUUAUUGCUUUAUUACCCAUACAUGCAUUAUGACUGUAAGUGGAUUAAUAAUGAAUUCUGUUAACGAUUCAAAUCACAAUGGUUUAGUUGUUUCAUUGCCAUUUGAAGUUGUCAAUACCAUCUAUAGCAAAACAUAGACAGACAAACGAUUGGUUAAUUUUGACUCGCAUAACUAGAUGUUAUAUAUUGGUAAUUGGAGGGAAUAUAGCAUAGUUCAAAUUUCGAGGCUUAUUUUGGAACUUCAGCUGUUUAAUUCCAACAGCAGGUCUAUUACUUUAAUCAUAGUCUCUGUAAAUGUGUUUAUGCUGAUAACUGUAGAAGAAAUGCAUUUGAUCAUACAAUUUGAUUGUAAUUUGUUGAAAUAAAUACUAUUUGUUUUUUAACUUGUAUAGUUACGACACAUUUUUUUUAUUAUAUGACCUAUGCAAGUAUUAAAAUAUUUGACUACA